AGCGAGGGCGGGACUUCCGCCUGUAACCGCUUGCGGCUUCUGCCGACGGAGUUGGGACCUGCGGAGAUCGGGAUGGUGUUGCUCGAGAGCGAGCAGUUCCUGACGGAGCUGACCCGGCUCUUCCAGAAGUGCAGGUCGUCGGGCAGCGUGUUCAUCACCUUGAAGAAGUAUGACGGUCGCACCAAACCCACUCCACGGAAGAGUUCUGUGGAGGGCCCCGAGCCCUCAGAAAACAAGUGUCUGUUACGAGCCACGGAUGGGAAAAGGAAGAUCAGCACCGUGGUGAGUUCCAAAGAAGUGAAUAAGUUUCAGAUGGCCUAUUCAAAUCUACUGAGAGCUAACAUGGACGGGCUGAAGAAGAGGGACAAAAAGAACAAGAGUAAGAAGACCAAACCAGCACAGUGACAGCCAUGGCCGUUACCAACGAGCCACAGAAGUGUGGUUUUCCUUUGUGUGCUGCUUUUGGCACCUCUUGUAUGUACCUGUUUUCAUGUAAGGGUCCUUUAAGAGAGAAGAGUUUGGGAUGGUCUUAGGGAGUUGUGCUAAGAAGCUACUUUAUUUUAGGUCUGCAUCGUAUGGCUGGAUGUUCUUAGGUUCCAGCCUUAACAUCUAGUCAUCCUGAAGAGCAGUGCAUCAUUAAGCCCAACCACACUGGCUGCUUCUUUGCCUACAUAUUUACAACAGUAACUGACUCUAGAAUGAUAGUUACUCAGUUACUUGCCUUGUCUUUGAGAUUACUGUAAUAGAAAUCUGACAGUUUUAUUAAAAGUUAUAUUAUCCUACAA